AUGACCCCUACCUUUUAUCCUCUUGCAUCUCUUUCUCAGAUAGAAAAAACUCCCUCACGAGCAGAUGGUAUCCCAGAAGAUUUGGAGGAAGAUUUGAGAGCUUAUGGCUGCAAAUUGAUUCAUGAAGCUGGUAUCUUGUUGAAACAGAAACAAGUCGCGGUGGCAACAGCUCAAAUCCUCUUCCAACGAUUUUGGUAUGUUUCCUCCAUGAAAACAUUUGGAAUCGGGGACGUUGGGAUGGGCGCCCUCUAUCUAGCUUCCAAACUGGAAGAAUGCCCUCUCAGAACCCGAGACCUCAUCAAUGUAUACGACUUGCUACAACAACGUGCAGCUCAUUCUAUCAGCUCUAAAAAUGGCACCGACAACUCGGAAUUCAGAUACGCACCCAUGUCAUAUUUUGGGAAUACUUUUUAUGACAUCAAGGAUGCUAUCGUGGUGCAUGAGAUGCAGCUUUUGAAAAGACUGGGGUUCAAUGUACAGGUGGUGCUUCCGUACGGGACAUUGAUUAACUAUCUCCGCUUGCUUGGUCUUAUGUCCAGAAACGAUGCCUGUACUCGUGCUUGGGGAUACUUGAACGAUGCGCUUCAAACCCCUGUAUAUGCACUCUACCAAGUUCCAACGAUCGUCUGCGCCGCGAUAUACCUUUCUACGCGUCACUUGCAAAUAGCGUUACCAUCACAGUCUCCACAUUGUUGGUGGCAUUUAUUUGAUGCUGAUUGGGAGGAUGUAUGGACCGUCUGUGGAUAUGUCAUGAGGUUGUACCGGGAACAAAGUGAUGAUGAAAAAGUACGGGUAGUAGCUAUGAUCAGCAAGAAGGGGGUGAGGAAUUGGUUAGAAAAGCACGCAUUGGAUACAACGAGUGGACAGCAAUUAUAG